UCAACGUUGAUUGCAACUGCAGUGCAAGAUUUGUCAUGUUUGUGUGCUUUUCCUUCUCGGAAAUAUCAGAGAAAUCAGCUUUUAAAAUCCAAAAUAUGAUGGAUAUGUAGGCUUUGUCUACUGUUAUCUCCUCAGCCUUCAGAGUGUUGUCAUUUUAGCUGUGCGAUCAGACCACUUGCUGAAAACCAUGGCAUUGGUAAAAGUUGGUGAGAAAGCUCUUCGUGCCCACCCAAGUGGUGAUGAAGACGAGUCCACCGAUUCUAAGGAGAGAAAACCGGCCAAGAAAGUUUUAGAUGAAGAGUCCUAUCUGGAGGAUCUGGAGAAGAUCAUACAGAGGGAUUUCUUCCCUGAUGUCUCCAAGCUGAAGGCCCAGAAGGAAUACUUGGAGGCCAGGGAGCGUAAUGACCUAGUACGGAUGAGAGAGUUAGCUCUGAAGUACGCCGGCGCCGGGCAGACAAGACCGGACACUGCAACACCAGCACCUUAUGCUGAAGCCACUCCGGCCACGUUUGAGACGCCCGACGUGAACCCUCGACUGCAGACACCGUCCAAUCAGGGAGCAGAUGCCCCGGCAAGGGAGAGCUUACCAAGGCAACAAACUGAAGAGAAAGAUGAUGCUAAGAAAGACCAGAGUAAUUCGUCCCUGACCCUGGACAGAUACCUGGCCAAGCACACGAGUGAAGACAACGCCGCGUUCGAGGAGAUCAUGGCCACGUCGGCUGAGAAGCACCGGCAGAAGCACGCCUGGCUGUACGAGGCGGAGAAGACCCACCAGCAGGAGCAGAAGGACAUGCUGGCCCUGGAAGGACCCAAGAGUAUGAAACCCAUCGAGGGCUCCUCAGUCACCACCUGGGGUUACAAGACCAAGAAUGCUGUCAUGUACGUCCCCGAAGGACUUGAGGAAACGCCCGAAGAGCAGAUCUUCAAGAAGCCCAAGGUCCAGCAGGUAGUGCACAAGAACACCCACUUCCAGGGCAACCCGUUCAUUGUCAAGGCCGGCCAGAGCUCAACGCUGGCCAAGUCAGCCGCCGCCAAGGCCUCCAUGAAGACUGGCAGAGUAGGACAUGAUGGCAAGGAAAUCAAUUCAUCGGACACGCCCAGAGUGAACGGGUUUAGCUUUGUGGGGACUCCCUCGCCUGUACCAGGGGCGUACAACGAAUCACCGAUGAUGACAUGGGGUGAGAUCUCAGACACACCAUUGCGAUUGGACGGAUCAGAGACGCCAGUACACAACACCAGGGGCCCUUCAUUUACAAUAGCGAACGUUCCCAGGAAGGAACGCCUAACCUUAUCCCUGGUGGAGGAAGUUUCCAAGAAACACCGAGCCAAGAAACAGAAGGCUUUGCAGAGGGUUACAGAGUCACUCGUCAGUCCUUCACCAAGAAGGCUUGGCACCCUUGGAACAGCAGAGAGGCUACGCACCCUGACCCCGGCAGCCCAAAAACUCGUCAACAAAAAACUCUCGGGUUUCAAAACGGACAAAGCACUGAGGCAGAGCUACACCCCGUCGCCCGCAAGAACCCCAGCAGGGGACAAGACGCCCAUACUGAGAAGCACGCCGCGACAGACCCCCACACGGACACCCAGCCAGACACCGACGGGAAGCUCCAGGGACGUAUCAGAGGAGACCCUGACUGACAAUUUACUGGAUCUGCCCAAACGGAAAACAAGGAGUCGGGCAUCUGCUGCGGAUUUUUUCUGAGGAGGGGAGGAGAAGGGUAGCGACAGACCCCCUCACAUACACCCAGCCGGAUGGCGACAGGAAGCAUGAGGGAGCUAUCAGAGGAGAUCCUGAUGGAAAAUGUAUUGAAUCUGCCUAAGCGAAAGACUAGAGGUUGGGCAUCUACUGCAGAUUUAUGUCUGUGGAGAGAGGCGUAGGCUCCCUUGGACUUUCUGAGAAAAGACGUACACCCUUUCACCCAUUCACACAUACCUAACUUGAUGCCUUUCAGAAGCCUGAGAGGAGGAAAAGGGAUGAGAUUGUGACACAGAACUUUUCAAAGGCCAAGAGAAAGCUUUCUGCUCUAAUGUAUACCAAUUGAGUUCAAUGUUUUGCACUUGUAAUCAUACUCAAGCAAGUACAGUGGAACAUCGAUAUACCGAACACCGAUAUACCGAACAUUCGGCUAUACCGAACAUCGUCCUUGGCCCCCAAUUUUUGUGUACAAAGC